AAGAGCACAUCACUCAGGAAGCGUUUGUUACGCGACCAUAACACGAUCUCCACACUGAAGACAUUGUGAAAAAGUUAAGCGUUGAUACGAAGUUGUUUUGCUUCGUUACGACAUCGAUGCAUGCUCUGCAAACAUGUUUGUAACGAUUUAUUACGGAGAUCAGAAGUCGCUGCUGGUCAACCCAAGCUGUUCCGUGGUAAACCUACUGAACUCGAUCAAAGAGCGCUGCGGUUAUGGCGAUAGCGAUAGAGUUCUGGACUUGAGCGACGAAACAGGUCUUGUCUUAGAUCUCAGCAGCCACAAAAACGAUUACGCGAGUAAGUACCUCGCAUCCAAAGGCUUCUACGUCCUGGUAGAGAAACGGACCAUGCCAUCACCUUCGAAUGACCCAAACGAAUCAGGGCUCCCGCAAGAAGUCCAGUAUGUACCUUUGCUACUAAGACCCAACGAAACAUUUCAAGGUUACAAAGCUAGAGUUGCCGAGAGGAACAUGGGUCGAGAUGAAACAUCACAAACGAGCAGGAACACAGCAAGCAGAGGUAAACGAGUAAGACUGAGAGCGCGAAAGAGUAUAGUAGAGGCAAGUUAACGCAGGAAAACAGAUUCUGAUGACAGAGUCUUUCUCUGUUUACCCUAACAGUAACGAUUCAAGUGAGAUAUUCUUUGACAGGUCAUCGCGUCCUUUUUAAGUUAAAAAUUGUAAAGUAAUACGGAUAAAACUGUGACUCGAGUUUUAAAGUUAUUUUUUUAAUUGUAAAAAGUGUACACUAACAUGUGUUUGUAAAUUAAGAGAAAUUUCUGAGUUAAGUCGAAAUAUAUUAGCGCAAGGAUCUUUACUAUAAUUUUCUUGUUUUGUUUUGUCAUUAUUAUUACUUUUGUUGCUGUUGUUAAUUAAAAAUGUUGAAGAAAAAUAAAACCUUUUUGGGAAACAUGUUAUAGUCUAGGAUUGGGCUAAAAAAUCGACUUAACGAAAGGUUUCCCACAUCGAAAGGAGGAGGACGGCGUGUGUAGCGUGAUGAGAUCGCCAAGAGAUUUAGUAAUAAAUAAAUACGAAAUAGGAAUUUCACAAUGGGAAUUCCAUUAGGAGGCUCUUCUUGACCACUACUUCCAGAUCGAAUUGGAAAUUAAAAUGUUGGCUUGUGUAGAGGGAGGAAAACCGGAGAACACUGAGAAAAACCCUCGAAGCAUGGACGAGAACUAACAACAAAAUCAACCCACGUGUGACACAAAGUCCGGGAAUCGAACCCAGGCCACAGUGGUGGGAGGCGAGGGCUCUCACUACUGCACCAUCUAGGCUUAGCUACAUAAUUCCCGAAAAAUCGUCUAAAAUUCUUUCCGGAAUUUCUCAAACAAAAGCUCUAAAAUUCUCUUAGAAAUGUCUAAAAUUCUCCAAAAACUCUCUAAAAAUUCCCGAAAAUUCUUAUAAAUUUCGUUUCUUAUAGCGAUAUAACAAGAAACAACGAGUUGUUAAUCGUAAAACAUCAUUUAUUGUCAUUGUUUAAAAGUUGCAAAAACAUCAAUUAACGUUUGCCUAUAUGUGUAUUGAUAUAUUUUUUUAAACGAAUAUCCUAUGUAAACUUUCUCUUGAAUCGACAUGAAAAAAUAGCGUACAAGACUUCAAGGUAAAACCUUCACACCGAAUCUGUCUCUGAGACUCUAACCAGCUCCUAAUCAGUCACUUUAAUAAUAACAAGAACAAUUUCCGCAAAGUAUUUCCGUUGUGCUGCUUUCCAAAUCAACAAAAUACAAAACUAUCAAUAUGUUGCUUUAGCCUCCAAACUAGCGACUAUUUAUACGUAGCAUCAAGGCUGCCUCAAGAUAAUCUUCGAGGGCCUCAUGCUGCUGGUCCCCAAACAUGGUGACCAGCAUAGAAAAAACCCGCUCUGCCGCAGCUGAUGACGGUUGAACGAAAACCAUCUUCUGCAAAGCAGCAGCUCAACAUGGUAGAUCCUGCGCGGUAGCUUUCCACCAAGGCAGCGUGUCAGUCAAGUCGUCAAAGACAUCAGGUGUAUAAUUGGCCUUUGCAAUGUAAUCUGGGAGCUCAUCCUUCAGAGAUUGUAUUACAUCAUUCGAACUCAGGAACGGCACAACCCUCAGCCAGUCGACAUCGAUGGCAGUUGGCCUUGAUAUCUUGAUGCAUCUUGGACUGAAGAGCUGUGCAGCUUUGACGAGAGCCAUAGACUGCGACACGGUUAGAUCAGUUCUCAUGGUGUUAGGGAAAUAUGUAAACGCAGGCUGGAGACAUUGAUGGAGCCCAUAGUUGUACCACUG